AUGUUAUUCGCUAUACUAUACAUACUGUCUAUAGCUCGUAUAUGCCAUUGCGGAGAUGACAAGGCUGUGCUUCUACAGCCUCCAUCUGCACACGCCUCUCCGCCCUCUACGGAAACCCUGGACAUUUCAGAGUUUAACCCAGUUUUAUACACUGUGCAUUACUACAAUGAUAAUGGGAAUGAUGUCAUAUUUGUGGUCCACAGGGAUGAUAUACUGGUGACUAGAGUUGUUCACGGAAGGACCACAAUUUGGACUCCAGAGGAUGGUGAAAACUUUGAGUACACCAAGGUAUACACAAAGGAUGGAGAGCCACGUAUUGUCUUUAUUGCCAAGAGUAAAGACCGUAAAGCGAGUGGUAAAUGGUAUGCAAGGAAUGGAGAUGUUUGGGAGGACUGUAAUGAUACAUACCAAGGAAGGAUUAAAGAUAUUCAAGAAAAUCUUCCCCGCACAAAUCCAUUCAUUCUAAAUCUUGAAGAGGAUAGAGAUACUCUGGAAUGUAGAAUAUUCAAUGUGAUAUUAUUUGAAGUUCCAGCAAGGUUGUACUACGCAAAGCCUGGAUUUAAAGCCACGGAUAUUAUGCACAAUGGAAAAUCAAUAUGGAAGUCUGGAAGAGACAGAGCAUCUAUACGUUGUAACUUGUACUACAAAAACGGUGAACCGUCACUCUUGGUUAUUCUUACAAAGAUAGAAGAAAAGGAGGAAUGCAGCCCUUUCCAUAUGCAAAAUAGAGAGUGGAAAGAGAUAAGCACUCGAGACUUUUAUAUCGAGAGGGAAGAACUCAGAGCCUUUUAUUACUCGGCCAAAGAGGAAGAGCAUCCUCCACACAGACCGUGGUGGAGUGCAUGUUUGGGAAUGUUUACUGGCACGGCACAUGAAACCGUUCCUGCUAGUCUAUCAAAUUUGAGAGACCCGCAAGCUGGAAUGGUGGAAAUACCAACUCUUCCAAUAUAUUCUAAACCAGAAGAGAAUCAAGAAAGCUCUGAGGAUAACACUGAUAAAGAUAAACAGAUGUAA